UGAAGAGCAGGAUCAAGAUUCACAACACACGUGGGAAACGCACCCGCUGCCGCUGUUGUAUGGUUUGUGGUGCUUGUCCUCAUGCGUGGUGGUCCUGCGCUGCACUGUGGCCGUGCUAUUCGGACAGCACCGCACACUGUGAGUGACUACUUUGCCAUCCAGUGUUAGUACCAUCACUGGCUCUUGACGCAGGUGAGAGAGCAGUUGAUUGAUUAAGGAAGGACACCAUCCAGACAGCCUUCCAGUCACACACCAUGAAAGCAAAGAAAGCAGCCAAAUGCCCUGUCCCAUACAGUAUUGACAGUAAUGGAAUUGUGAAGAAAAAGAACAAGAAGAAAGUGAAGUCUCUGGCUCAGAAAGUGUCAACUAGCAAUGAAGUGAUAGAAGCCAUGGAGGCAGCCUCUGCUGUUUCCACAAAAACUUUAUACCCUAAGAACAACAAACAAAAGCAGAAGGGCAAGAAGAAUAUCUUAGAAAAGCAUGCUGACAAUGUCACCAAUGGCUCAUCAAAUAUCAAGGAGAUACAAAUGAAGAACGGCAGUGUUGAUUCACAGAAUUGCCUAGGCAGCACAAAGGAGGCAGACAGCCUACAUAUGCCUGCAGACACCACCCUCAGUGGUGUAUCAUCCAAGAUCAAGAAAGAACAGAAGAAAAAUCAAGCUAACUUGCAAGCAUCAUCAGAGAACAAAAGUGCUGCCAACAGGGAGAAUAAGCUUAGGAAAGCCAAGGUGGAAGUGUCCGGGAUGCCAGAGAGCAAUGAUGAGAAGGAACAAAGGACAAUAUUUGUGGGCAAUGUGAGCACCAAGACUACAAGAAAGAGCCUGUCACGCUUUUUCAGCAAAUAUGGCAAGGUGGAAGCAGUCAGACUACGAUGUGCUGCUGUACCCACCCUAGCCACCACCAAGAGGCAGGCUGUCAUCAAGAACACCUUUCAUGAAAAACGCACAUCCCUGUCUGCAUAUGUGCGUUUUACUGAGGCAGCCAUGGUGGAGGCGGCUCUCAAAGCUAAUGGUGCUGAGCUGGAUGAGAAGCAUCUACAUGUUGAUCAUAGCCAGGGAUCUAACAGGAACACCAAGCUGGCUGUGUUUAUUGGCAACCUGGCAUUCGAGGCAGAGGAGGAGGCCCUGCGUUCACACUUUGCCACCUGUGGAGAGAUAGAAAGUGUACGCAUUGUGAGGGACAAAAAGAUGGCAUCUGGCAAAGGAUUUGGCUACGUCAACUUUAUGUCUGAGGAUGCUGUUGAAAUGGCACUCCAGAUGGACGGUAAAGUUUUCAUGCAUCGGCAGCUGCGUGUGCAGCGCUGUGCUAAACAGGGAAAGAAAGGUCCAAAGCCAACAUUCAAGACUCGAGGGAAGAAAGGACUUGGCUUUAUGAAGAACAAACCUACUUCAGCUAAAACUUCAAAAAUGCAACAGAGUUUUACUGGAAAGAAAAUGAUGGAAACAAAGAAGUUUAAAAAGAUAAAAGCAAAGGCAAAAUUCACCAAAGAGGACAGGAAGAAGAAAGCCAUUGCCCACAAGUUAGCUGCAGUGAAGUGAAAGCAGAGGGUCUAAAAUGUUCUCACAUAUUCUAAAUAAAAAAUAGAAGAAAUGCGAUAGUAUAUAUUUUUAUCAUCUUUAAAAUACUAAAAGGAUUGUUUGUGAAUCAGGACUCAGACUUGUAUUUCCUGAAGAUAAAGACCAAGGCGAGGUCUGCUCACCACCAGGAUGGGCUGGAGAGGACGGCUCACCCACCAUUUCUAGUCCACUUCAAGUAGGCUAGAAGAUUGAAAUUGUCUUUCAUUCACUAUGUUGUAAAAUAAAUAAAGUUUGUAACAUUA